GAGACUCUACAGCGGAGCGCAGAGCUCGCGCGUGUUGCCACAGGGAUCUCAGCUCUGACGGACCUGGCACGAGACAGUUAUUUUGUCUGUCACAGAAAAUAUUUAGUGUCUUUGGCUUGUGAUUUAUCCCGCGGAUGGAUGCAGCCGUCGGGGUGGACAUUUGAGCCCAGCAGGAUCAACCUGUCUUAGGGCAUCAUGAAUUCUCUGGUUCUCCGCAAGUGGAUGAGGAAUAUCUCCCACGAGAUGCUGCUGCUGCUCCUGCUGCCGCUGGUGCCGGUUUGGUGUUUUCUGCCUCUGACCGGAGCGGCUCCUUCGCUGACGACCGAGCAGCUGGACAUGGGGGUGGACUGGCUGAGUAGAUUUGGCUACCUCCCGCCCCCCGACCCGGUAACCGGCCAGCUGCAGACCAAAGAGGCGUUGACCAAGGCCAUCAAAGCCAUGCAGAAGUUUGGAGGACUGAAGGAAACUGGAGUAUUAGACCAAGCCACACUAGGUCUAAUGAAAACACCCAGAUGCUCUCUGCCAGAUGUCUCUGAUCCCAACGUGACGGCGGGGCGCAGGAAACGAAGCUUGAAUACACAGAACAAAUGGAAUAAGAGGCACCUGUCGUGGAGAGUGAGAACCUUCCCCAAGGACUCAGCCUUGUUGGGCAGGGACACUGUCCGAGCCCUCAUGUACUAUGCCCUGAAGGUCUGGAGCGAUAUCGCACCUCUGAACUUCCACGAGGUGGCCGGCAGCGACGCAGACAUUCAGAUCGACUUCACUAAAGCAGACCAUAAUGAUGGAUACCCCUUCGAUGGGCCUGGGGGAACAGUGGCACACGCUUUCUUUCCUGGGGAGAGGUUCACAGCGGGUGAUACACACUUUGAUGACGACGAGGCCUGGACCUUUAGAUCACCAGACUCCCAUGGGAUGGAUCUGUUUGCAGUCGCAGUUCAUGAGUUUGGUCAUGCCAUCGGUCUGGUCCAUACCUCAGCUAUGGAAUCCAUCAUGAGGCCAUACUACCAAGGUCCUGUGGGAGACCCGCUGAAAUACGACCUACCCUAUGAGGAUAAAGUCCGUGUCUGGCAGCUCUAUGGUGUCAGAGACUCGGUGUCUCACACGAAUCAGCCAGGCAGCCCGUCUCAAACCCCUGAGCCUCCUGUCCUCCUCGACCUUCCUGAAAACAGAUCCACGCUCCUACUGGCACAAGAUGCUCCAGACAGGUGCACCAGUCACUUUGAUGCUGUAGCCCAAAUACGAGGAGAGGCUUUCUUCUUUAAAGGGAAGUACUUUUGGAGGCUAACAAGGGAAAAGCACCUGGUGUCUCUCCGUCCUGCUCACAUUCAUCGCUUCUGGAGGGGCCUUCCUCCCAAUUUGGAUAGCGUGGAUGCUGUUUACGAGAGGCCAGGGGACCACAAAAUAGUAUUUUUCAAAGGUCAAAAGUAUUGGUUAUUCAAAGACAAUAAUGUUGAGGAGGGUUACCCACGUCCAAUUAGUGACUUCGGCCUACCUGUGGAAGCAGUGGAUGCAGCGUUUGUUUGGUUACACAAUGACAAAACCUACUUCUUCAAAGAUAACUACUACUGGCGCUAUGACGACCACUUGCGACACAUGGACCUAGGUUUCCCCAAAGAUAGCACACUUUGGAAGGGGCUGCCACUCCAGCUGGACGAUGCCAUGAGGUGGUCUGAUGGAUCAUCCUAUUUUUUCAAGGGAAAGGAGUACUGGCGAGUGCCGGGCAGCGACAUGGAGGCGGAGGCAGGAUACCCCCGCCUGAUUGCAAAGGACUGGCUGCUCUGCACCGAGAUGCAGUCGGACUCUCCGGACACAGAAGCCAAAAGCACGGAGACGAGGGUCAACGUGCACCGGCACCCAGACCAUGCAGAGAAUGGAUACGAGGUGUGCUCCUGCACCUCUGACACCGCCUCACCUUUGGGCGUCCACUUAUCCCCAUCUCCAGUUUGGCUGCUGCUGCCUUUUUGGACGCUCUUACUGACCUUCUGCAAUGAACUGUUAUGAUGCUGAAGCGCAGGGUAAAGUACUUGUGUUGAGUGCAAGAGAGAGACUAAUUAGUGGAUGCUCUGCAAGAAAGAAAGAAAAAAACUGGAAGAAUUUGAUCAUAUAAAUAUGGUUUAUUUUGUUUGCUUUGUUCUCUUUAUUUCUCUUUUUUUGGGAGUUAUUUAUUUCACAUGCCAUCUUAUGGUCACUUAAAGAGCUUUGCAGUAGCCGUUCUAUGAACAAUUAUCAGUUAAUAUCCACUGAUAGUGACAGUAUUAGAUGUUUCAUAAGCUGAGUUGCACAGAAAUACAAGUUAACUUCACUUUCCAAAUGGCCUCAUUAAUACUGAGAGGGCUAAGAAGAGGGGAACGUUCAGAUAUAAGUAGUUAUAUCAUUACAGAUUUGAUGGCGACUUACUUUGAGGUAUUCAGUUUUAUGAAUAAGAGCUUGUGGCUCAACCAGCUAGGGUUUGAUAGCAUUCACGUCAACACUGACAGAGAUUUGGAAAUUACAGCUUCUUACUGACAAAAAAGCUGAAUCUUUCAUAAAAUGGGAUUUAAAGCAAUUUUAUUUAUCAGAGCACAAUUCUGUAAUGCUGAUACUACAAAUGUUUGCUUAUUGGUGAUUCAUUUAGUUAGUUAAAAUGCAGCUCAAAUCAGAAAGAUAUCACUCAUUCACAAUGAUGAUUAAUGUUCAAAGAUACCUCGAUCGUCUUUAGGCAUUGGGCAGCUACUGGUAUGGAGGGCUUAAAAAGUUAUGGUUUCAAAACCACUUUUCUAUCAUACUAAUCCUGUAUUAUGAUGGGUUUUUUUUUAGAUAUGCGUUUCUGGAGCAAUAUGAGGCAUAGGAUAAUGCAGUGCUGGCCCUCCUCCACUUGUUGCUUGCACUUCUGGUCAGCUAGCUAAAUGAAGGCCUCUACACUUUCCCUUUGGUUUACAAAAAAGAAAAGAAAAAAACAGAUUGGUUAUUUUGAAAUAUUUAGUUAUGCAAAAAUAUUAAACAACCAUGGUUUAAAAACUGCCUAUGGCUACUAUUAUUAGGUCUGUUCAGAUUUUUUUGCAGUGAGCAUCUAUGAAGUCAUUGUCAGUAAAUGUUCCCUGAUCUGCAGGGAAAAUAUCAGUUUGAAUUUUUUUAGCCAAACUGAUAAUAGAUUCUUUGUAUUAAUCUGCUUCACCAGCCAAUUUUAAGACCGUUGGAAUAAUUUUCAAACAACUACAAGACCUAGAAAGCACGCUAAAAAAACCAUUUUGAUCCUACUUCACAACAGGUGCAAAAUCUAUAAAUUCACUCCAUUGUUGGUGGAGCUACAGCAGACUGAUAAGUCCCAAGGUAUUUGUUGUUUUGAUACUACAGGCAGGCUCAACCAACUUAAAUCUGCAUAGGAACACAAACACACUUCUGCUUUGAAAACAGCACUAAACAUAAAAGCCUUUUAUAAAAUUGUAUUCUGUUAUAUAUAUGCAAAUUUCCGCAAAAAUAAUCUUAUCACCCUGUAAGUGAUAAAAAAAAAAACAGAUAAUGCAGGCCUUCUUUGGUUCUCAUAUUCCACCACUAUGAGAAUGUAGUUCCUUAUUUUAAAAUAUAAAUGAGCUUUUGUUGACAAUAACUACACACAACCUCUCAAUCUACCAAAUCAAGCCUUAAAAUUGAAGCGUUUUUUCAUCUAAACUGUGUUUAUUAUGACCAUUUAUUCAGUAAAAACCACAAAAACAAAACCUCACCUAAUGAACCCAAAGUAACAAAAGGUUGUUAUGAUGGGGAUGCUCGGUGGAUUCAGUUGUUGUGGAGGAGUUUAUUUAUCCAAAACUUUAUCCCUUAGUCUCUCGAUGUCCAAGUGUGCAUCCUCAAACUCCUUUAAUAGUUUGACUUGCAUAUUCUGAAGCUAUCUCAACCAAGCACAUGAUUACCGUUACCCUGCACUGUCAUCCAAAUUGGAUCCAUAUACUGUAUGUCUCUAUUUGAUUGAAUGAAGCUGUCGGCUUAUCGCUGAGGUUAGCUGUAGCAUGGAAACGAGGGCGAUGCCAGGAGGUGUGUUGCCUUUUUUAAUGGAAUCAUUUCUCUUUGAAGCCUUUUGAAGUGUGAACUAGAUAAGAUUUGAUCAGUGUAUGCCAUAUUGACGACUUUAAAGUUUUAUGAUAAGAUGUUAAAGAAGCAGAAUGCACGUGUGAACUCCAUGAGUGUUACCCACUAGACGUCCUCUAUAGGCUGAAGUUGUUAACUCCAACCAAUAUAUCUGUUAAAUAACUGUAAAUCUGAGCUAAUUUAUUACCAACAGAAAAAUGAACAAAACAGCAACAAAAAGUGUAAUAUUCUGUGCAAAUAUCUUGAAUCCAAAAUCAAAAUUACUAUAAAUAAAUCCUAUACAUAAUGUUACCGUACUCGUAAUUCUAAACUUGUUCCAUUAUUUUGACAGCAGCAGGAAUAAUUGUAGCUUGUGUGUUACAAAUAAAUCUACCUUAUGAAAAGCUGUAAUUUCUAAAAUAUUUGAUCAAGUUGAAAGUGAAUACUCUCAGAUGAAAGAUAGAUUUGUUCUGUACAGUCAGUCAUCAUAUAUACAGUAUAUACCAGUCUACAUGGACAGUAUCUUGGAAAAGUAUUCAUUUGACAAAGUGUUUUACACCUUUCAUUGGGAUUUUCUGUGACAGACCAACACUAGUAGUGUAUAAAUGGAGAAUAAUUUUAUUUCUACUAAAAGAAAUGUAGAAACCUUAGUGUAUUUAGCUUUCAUGAGAAAUGACUUUAUCUAGUCACCUUUCAUCUGCAAAUGUUUUGUAAUAGCUCUCUCUAGCAGAGGUGGAUAGCUUCAUAGUGAAAUAUUAGACGAUUUUUCUCAGCAAAUUAGCCUUAAACUCUGUCAGAUUGGUUGAAGAGUGUCUGUGAACAUCAGUUUUCAUUGGCACAUUUUGGAGUUUUUUAAUAUAGGAGUAAUCUUUGAUCUGAAGUAUCUAUUAUAGCAAAAGCUGCACUCUUAUGAUCAUUUUUCUGAUUUAUGGGCAACCUCUGCCCCAUACCCAACUAUUUUUUAUUCUCUUAACAGUUUUAUUUUAAGAAUUGGAUUUCGUAUAGCUCACCUCUGACCAGCUUUCCUGUUCCACAGCAUGAUGAUGCCACCCCAUUUUUCAAAAUGGGGAUGCUGUUUUCCAAAUGAUGUGCAGCAUUUGUUUUCCACCCCACACCGAGUUUUGAGUGAUGUCCUAAAAGCUUAAAUUUAGUCUUGCACGCCUUGUCUUCUUCAUUGCUUGUGGGCCCCUGCAAACAGGAUGUCCUAUUCCUUUCUUUCAACCAUGACUUUCUUUUUGUCACUCUUCUGCAAGGGCUAGAUUUGUUGGGUGCACUCCUUUUGUCAAAAGCCAAGGUUUCUUCCCAUCCUUUCCAUGCCCUGCCUGUCAGUUUAUGUAGAAAUGUUUGAAAAUAUGCCAUUUUCCAUUUUCAAAAUUAAGCAGGGCUCUCUAAAAUGCUCAAGGUUCAGCAUUCUCAAAUGUACUGAUUCCUGAAGGCAAAUUAAUUUUAUUCAGGGGCAUCACAGUAAAGGGGACCACGUUCAUUACACUCCACAUUCUUCAGAUUUGUAUUUGCAGAAUAACUUGGGAAGCCGUGCGUCGUUUUCCUUCCUAUUCUCUACUUUUCACUAGUUUACGUUGAUCUAUCACAUAAAAACUCAAUGAAAUACAUUUAAACUUUGUGGUAGCAUGAAAAGGUUCAAGGGGUAUGACUAUUGUUCUAAGACACUGAAUGAGCCGGGUUGAGAUUCAGAUCAGCUGAUCCCGGAGGAUGAGACAGGAUCCCUAUUAGUCUGAAUAUAGACUCCCACCAGGGGGAAAAGCGAUAUCCUGAGGUGUCAUCAUUCGACAGGUGACUGACACUGCAGCGCACGUCUGUGCAGGCAGGUGUAAUGUACCUUGGUAUGUAUUGCAGAUAGAUGGUUAGGUUUACAGAUCAAUGACUCUGUGAGAGCUUGACGUGUUGAAGACACAUGAGUGGCAUGCUGGUUUUCAACAGGUACACGCACAGUCAAGAAGAAGACAAGGGAACACAGAAUGUUGGGGGAAAGACGACAAAUGAAUGUCGGACAGAACAUUCAAAACCAAGAUUCCUGCUGUUGCUUAUUGACGUUCUCCUUGCUUUCUAUCCAUUUCCUGCACUCUCCCUAUCACACAGGUGGUACCUCCCCUGUUCAGAUUUCUCACCUUAAGCACUCCCUGCCAUAACCAGAGGUAGUAUUGGUUUGCUGUAUUUUCUUUUGUAUUAAGUAUGAAUAUAUUGUGAGCCAUUGCUUUGAUGAGAUGACAGUUUGUGGAGCAUUUCUGACACAAGCUCAAGCUCCGUUUGAUGACAUCUAACGCAGACCUCACAAAGGCAGCAGAUUUGUUAUUGUUGCUGAUAUAUUUACCUACAAGUUUAAAUAUAGACAGAUAUAUUUGAGUCACAAUGUUCCAUGGUUACUGCAAACCAAGUGGACUGUGUAUAUUUCAAGGUGUGUUUUCUAAUGUAAAAUAUUUUUGUAGAAAAAAAAAACAAAAUAAAGAUUCUGAAUGGUUUUCCUGGCUAA